CAGCAACCAUCAACAAUUUCACCGAACUGGGAGCUAUGAACUGGGCUUGGAGGCUUGUGUCUCACGAAGAUGUGAGCCAGUGUUGAAGUUCGGGCUUAUUUAUGUUAGAAAUAUCUCACAUGCAUCGGCUAACUCAUCAGUAUGACGGAAUUCUCUGGUUUAGAACGACAGGCUCACAACUUAGUGGAUUUAGUAAUUGAUAAUUCCAUCAAGCGUGUCAUAUCAGAUCUACACAGUGGUGACGAGUCAGACUUGGGCCGUCCAGUUUCAUCCCUCAAGGAUUAUGACAGUUUACUAUUCCGUGAGAUUGAGGAUCAUGAAAUACAGAACAUUGAAUGGAUGACUAUUGAUGAAUUUACAGUUGAAAAAGGGGAGGCAAAGAUUGAUGCAUUUGUCAAGACAUGGGAAUAUCAGGAUAGCUGGCUGUACUGCAUUGACUUCUUAAGAGAAGAAGAUGACAAAUACAGUAAAAAGUAUCGUUACCAAGUUCGAUGGAGCAUCCCCACUAGGCGGAAACCCAUCCCUAGGGCAACAGCGUGUGUCUACUUUACCAUUGAGGUCUCCAAGAUUAAACCUGGGCAUUAUCCAGUGGAAGUCUACUAUGUCUUUGAGACCAAUCAGCUAGUUCACAAACCGGGUCUGUCUCGCUUCAGAGAACGUUGGCUGAAAGACAUCAUUGAGAGUAAGAUCAUGAUGAUGGAAGCUGUCAAAUUCUGACAGAGGAGAAGAGAUGAUUUUUGUCAUGAAGUCACAUUCAGUCAUCUCCAUUACCAGUCAUUUUUAUUUGUGUUAUCAAGACAUUAGCUAUAAAAAGCUGGAGAAUGUCAUCAUCUGGCCAUGAAUUUGAAGGAGUCACUCAAGCCCUCCAAGCUUAAGGAAAAUUUGAUGAAAGAUUUGAUAAAAGUUGCAGUUGUCACUUUGUGCAGCAGAUUGUAAACAGCAGAGAAUUGAGAACCCAGUUUAGCACAUCAGUGCAGUUAUUUGGGGCAGUGUUAUUGUUCAUUGCAUAAUAGUGAAGAGUGUUACUUUUUUGUGGCCAAGUAAUCACUGUGAUGAAUUUACCAAUGGUUCCUGAUAAAUAAAGGUGUUUAUUCAGUGCGUUCAUUAAAACUGCACAAAAUACCAGUCAUUGUUACAUUGUACACGUAUUUGUCUUAGCCAUAGAGAUUAAAUGUCUAGAAAAAACAAUUACAUGUACUAGUAUGUCUAAAGGUAAACAUUCAAAUUGUAUAUACAUUUGUGUGAAUACAUCAAGCAAACAGUUUCACCAGUAAAGUUUUGUUCAAUUCAAAUAAUGAA